CAUAACACCAGCGGAAACAAGAGCAUCUUCAUUCCACGCACGCAACGAAGAUCUAAAAACCCUAAAUAACUUAAUUUCUUAUCACUUUCUGUGAGCUUCUUCAUCGUGGCAGUGUCAAGAUGUGGAACCAACCAUUCGGGAAAACGGAUUUGGAGAGCGGCGGUGCUCGGCCUCUGUAUCCGAUGAUGCUGGAAAGCCCCGAACUGCGGUGGUCCUUCAUCCGGAAAGUGUACUCCAUCAUCGCCGUUCAGUUACUCGUCACCAUCGUCGUCGGCGCCGUCGUCGUCACCGUCCGCCCCAUCAGCCUCUUCUUCGCCACCACCGGCGCCGGCUUGGCUCUCUACAUCGUUCUCAUCUUUGUCCCCUUCAUCACCUUAUGUCCGCUUUACUAUUAUUACCAGAAGCAUCCCGUUAAUUACCUACUCCUUGGGGUUUUCACUGUGUCUCUUGGUUUUGUCGUUGGAUUGAGUUGCGCUUUUACUAGUGAGAAAGUUAUUCUGGAAGCUGUUAUAUUGACCGCUGUGGUGGUGAUCGGUCUCACUCUCUACACAUUUUGGGCUGCAAGGAGAGGCUAUGAUUUCAACUUUCUUGGCCCCUUCUUGUUUGGUGCUGUGCUAGUUCUUAUGGUCUUUGCAAUAAUUCAGAUUCUGUUUCCACUGGGCAAGUUAUCUGUGAUGAUCUAUGGGUGCUUGGCAGCCAUUAUAUUUUGUGGUUACAUCGUAUAUGACACAGACAACUUGAUCAAGAGAUACUCCUACGAUGAAUACAUUUGGGCUUCAGUCUCCUUGUAUUUGGACAUCAUCAACCUCUUCCUGUCUCUACUCACUAUUUUUAGAGCUGCUGAAAAUUGAAAUCAUUGCAUCAGUAUAUAUCGUUCGUUGUCCACACAUUAUUUGUUUUCUGUGGGGAUUAGGGUGGGUUCCGAAAAACUAAUUCUUAUCAAUUAAUAAAUAUUUGGGGCUUGCUCUUGCAAGGCGUCUUGUACAAUGGAUUAUUGUCAAAGUUGUUUAUAAAUUAGUUGAUUAGCCAUGAAAUUUUGCACUUAAUUGUAAAUACGGGACUCUCCGUUUCUUAUUUGUGUUCUUUAUCAUGUGCUUAUGAUUGUCAAUUUAUUGGUACAGUGUUUUUGUUUA